AUGGAGGCCAUGCGCGAGGAGGAGACCAAGGCCAGGAUGGAGAUCGACCAGCUCGAGUCCACCAUCGCCCAGUUGGAGGCGGGCGACACGGCUAUGGGCAGGCGCGGCCAUGGGUGCCUGCAGGCCCAGCAGAUGGCCGUGGCGCUCGCACAGGGCAAAGCAGCCGGCAAGUGGCAGCAGGAACUGGCAACCAUGACCGCGGAGAUCUACCACUGCAGGCGACUGACAGCAUUCCAGUUGAAGCUAGCAGUCGAGCAGGCGAGGCGCAUCGACUUCAUGAUGGAGCAGCAGCAGAAGAUGCAGCAGCAAUUCAUGCACAUGAUGAAGCUAAUGACGGCCUCCCAGCUCGGGGGCGACAUGGCGCAGAUGAUGGCCACGCAACUACCCCAGGAGGUGCGCGCGGCCAUGAACGUGACUCAGACGAGGGCGGCGGCGAUGACGCCGUCAGCAACUUCUGCAGCUGCGUCCGCGGAUCCUGGGGUAGCUCCUGGGCCUACACAAGCUCAGAGCAGUGCGGCGGACGGGCCCAAGGUCGUGCAGGUGACGCCGAGAGCGGAUCACUCGUUGCCGCCGCCCGACCAUGCCCAGGCCAUCCAGCAGUUGGCCAGGCCCAUCGUGGUAAGUCAGCUUGGGAUGCCGUCGUCGCCGACUCGUGCAGCAGCGGGGGUAAUCCCAACUUCACCGCGGAUGCCUGGCCCGAUGUCCCUCGAGCCGUCGAUGCCAGUGGAGAACGGAGCCAUGGCCACCCAGGAGGCCAUGCCAGGUCCAGCGCUCUCGGUCACGGCGCCCUGA